CACUUUCUAACGGGUCGUUAAAUGUCAUUCAUCGUCUUGUUGUUCUUCAAACAGUUCAGCGCGCUGCAAUCUGGGCCUGCUGAGAUAAUUUCGUCAAUUUCACGCCUGCUGCGUCCAACUUUGCACUGAACCGUUUGGCGUGCGUCUCCCUAAUGUGACGAAAUGUCACCCACGACAACCCGCAAAGUGGUUCCCUCUCCCUUUCGGAACCGGACGGCGCUGAACCUUGACAUCGCCGUCGCCACUAGUCAUUUGACGGCAAAGUAAAAUGUUUCUGUUACGGUGUUUCACCGGUUAGUUCGCGGGGAACCUUCGUACGGAAUGGCCGAACAUCUUCUGCAACGGUUCGCGGCCAUGGGCAAUCCCGGCACCACUAGCAGCACUUCCGGACCACCAAUACCGGCGGCGGCAGCUUCUUCGUCGAUGGCCACGCUGACCCAUCGAGUGCACCACGAGCCGUUCGUUCGGUAUCCGGUGUACGGGCCCGGAUCCGGCCCCGAGGUGUACGAAGACGACGGACCGUACACGUGGCACGGAGAGAGUGGUCCAGCGUUCGGUGGACACCUGGGACCGUUUCCGGGGCCACAUGGCCCAAUAGUGCCUCCGCCUCCUCCUCCACCACCGCCGCCGCCGCCACCGUUUCAUAUGCCGUUCGGAAGGUUUGGCCAUGCCCGUUUCAAGGGCGCUUCCGUUGCGGUGUUGACCUUUAUUGGGUUUCUGUUCUUUCUGAGUGUGCUGCAGAACUAUAUUCGGGAUUACUCGACCACGGGAACACCCACGCUUUUCGGUUCCAACCAAAAGGUCAUCGUGCUGUCCUCGGGUGCCACCAAGGAGAACCUGCCCCCGCCGUACUCGAGCUCGCUGUCGUCGUUCCUGCAGAAGAAUGACCACCACCAGCAUCACUUUCAUCUGAGCGGCGAAGACGAUGACCGGCUCGAUGAUCGGCGAUACGGCGGAGGGUCCAGCUAUUCCUCGAAAAAGGGCAACGGCCACGGCGGAAAACGUCACAAGGGCACGCAGAAGCGACACUCGACGGAUGCCGUGUCCGCGCCACCUCCGGCAUCUGCUUCCUACUCGGAUUUGCUGAACAUUGAUGGGUUGAAGAAGAAGUGAUGGUUGGCGAGUUUUUUCGUGAAUAUUUAUUUAAAUUAUGUAUUUCUUCCAUUAAAAUAACAUUCAAUUUUGAUUAUUUUGUUUUCAUUGAAAGACAUCAUCCUACUGUAAAAAAAAAACUUUAAGUCAUGAGAAACGAGACCAUGUCACUUUUU